CGAGAGACACCGGGAGACCCAGACACACAGGCAGGUGGAGGCCACCCAUCCCGUGUGCUGAGGUGGCGGUUAGUGGCCGAGGACCCCAGUAGUUCAGAUUUGGAGCCUGUGAACAAGACAUGUCACUGCGCAAAGUUAAUAUCCUGGUAAUCCUGCUUGCUGCGAUUGUAUUUCUGAUAGUGUUGCACCACAAUCUAAUUGGUGUAAGUGACCUCUUGAGCAAGGAAAGUUCAGAUUCGCUUGGUGGCCUGGGACUGGAUAAUUUUCACAGCCAUGGAGAUGAUCGAAGCGAGAGAAGUGAUGAAGAGAUUGCCAUUGUAAUGCCGGCUGUGGAGGAGCGGCUGGGAGGUGUGAUAGCAGCAAUGAACAGUAUAUAUAGUAAUAGCAAGUCCAAUGUCGUCUUCCAUUUAGUCACUACAAACACCACUGUUGGCCAUUUGAGAUCAUGGCUUCAGAUAGAAGAGCUGAAGGGGAUAAAGUACAAAAUUCUUGAGUUCAACACUAGUGUAUUGGACGGGAAAGUACCGAUUGGAGGGGAUGAGACAAACCUGAAGCCAUUGAUGUUUGCAAGGUAUUACCUCCCCACCCUGGUGCCCGGGCUGCAGAAAGCCAUCUACCUGGAUGAUGAUGUCAUUAUACAAGGAGACAUCCGUGAGCUUUAUGAGACUGAACUGAAGGUGGGCUAUGCUGCAGCCUUUUCUGAAGAUUGCGAUUCUGUAUCUUCCAAGGUGAUGGUGAGAGGUGCUGGGAGUCAGAACACGUAUUUGGGCUUCCUCGAUUAUAAAAAGGAAACAAUCCGAAAACUUGGGAUUAAAGCUGGGACGUGCUCCUUCAACCCCGGUGUGUUUGUAGCUAAUCUGACAGAGUGGCGGCAGCAGAACAUCACACAGCAGCUGGAAAAGUGGAUGGAGAUAAAUGUGGAGGAGACUGUAUACAAUGGAGCCCUGGUGGGCGGAAGUCCCACUCCACCCCUGCUCAUUGUGUUCUACAAAAAGCACUCUUCCAUCGCUCCCCUCUGGCACAUCAGGCACUUGGGCUCGAACAUUGGAACGCGAUAUUCCUCUCACUUUGUUAGAGCUGCCAAGUUGCUGCACUGGAACGGACGAUUCAAACCCUGGGGCCGCGUCUCAUCCUAUGGUGAUAUUUGGGACAAAUGGUACGUUCCAGAUCCAACGGGAAAAUUUCAUCCAGUACGACGCCAUGCGGAGGACAGCAAAAACCUGGUGUCUAACCAGUGACAGGGUUUGUACACCACUCAGUAAUGGACACACCACUCAGCAAUUCACACCGAUGUACUUCCAAGGACACCCUUUACGUGCCUACAAUUUGUCUCGGCUGGAUUAUGUCUUAGGUGAAGCCAUCAUUCAGGAAUACUGUGAAAAUGCUGAAAUAUCAAGUGCACGAUUAUUAUUAUAUUGUUCUUGGGGCUUUUAAUAAUGUUGUUUUCAAUAUAAGCUGUCCAGGAAACCUGCAGACAGCACUCACAUUUUGUAAAGCAUUUUGUCCCAAUACUGUACAUUAUAGCCUGCAUACUUAAUGGUUUCAAGUUAGUUUGUUGUAAAACUAUAUUGUUCAAACUGGAGAACAAUGUCAGAAAAUAAUCAGGUUUCCCUUUCUAUUGAAACCUUCAACUAAGAAAAGGCUUGUAAUGGAGAGCAGUUUAAUAUUAUCUCCCUACAGAUUCCCCAGACAAUAUUGUAAUCAGUCUCACUGGUUCCUAGUACUAGUUUGUGAAGUUGAGAUUAAAAAUUUAUGACCCAAUGUCAUUUUAAUGUAUUACUGGAAAGCAGUAUUUUUCCCUCUUAGCAACAGGAUUCUUCGGUUAGGUUUAUUGACUCCAGCUGAAGGACUAGCAGUAACAUACCCCAAAUUAACAGGAAGGACAGGAAUGAUAAGUAGGUGCACUCCAAUCUUCAAAGCUAUAAAAGCACAAAUUGUAUUGUUAAGUCACUUUUAAUUUGUGCCACAUUCCUCCUGAAGGUAAUUAAUGUGUGCUGUGUGGGAAACCAUCUUCACCCACUAGUUUCAAUUAUGUGUUUAGUUGUACAUCACAGGUUAGUAUGUUAUUGAGACAAGGUUGCAAAUUGUGAUUUAAAGCAAGUCUACUAUAAAAUGUCUUCUUCAUGUCACAGCAUCUUACUCUCCAUCACUGCUUUAGCCACAAUUGUUCCAGUAUCAGUGUGUAACCAUCUGACCCGAUGCCAUUUGGGUUGAAUGUUGAGAUUUUACCAAAAUAAAGUGAACCACUAAUUCCAUAAA